GAAAAUUGAAGCCGGAAAAAAUGGCGAUUGGGAGCUUAGCUAGACGAAAGGCUUCAACAAUUUUAUCUUCUAGAUAUCUCAAGUAUUCAUUUUCUCUUAGCAGAGGUUUCGCUUCGGGAUCCGAUGAGAACGACGUCGUUGUUAUUGGUGGUGGACCUGGCGGAUAUGUGGCGGCGAUCAAAGCGGCGCAGUUAGGUCUCAAAACUACCUGUAUUGAGAAGCGUGGUACUCUUGGCGGUACUUGUCUCAAUGUUGGCUGUAUUCCUUCUAAGGCACUUCUUCAUUCCUCUCACAUGUAUCAUGAAGCUCAACAUUCUUUUGCUAGUCAUGGUGUGAAGUUCUCUUCUGUUGAGGUAGAUCUUCCUGCUAUGAUGGCCCAGAAAGAUAAGGCUGUGGCUGGUCUAACACGGGGUAUUGAGGGUCUAUUUAAGAAGAACAAAGUGAACUAUGUUAAGGGCUAUGGUAAAUUCCUCUCCCCUUCCGAAGUUUCUGUUGACACCGUGGAAGGUGGUAAUACUAUUGUUAAGGGGAAGAAUAUCAUAAUUGCGACUGGUUCUGAUGUCAAAAGUCUACCUGGGUUAACCAUUGAUGAAAAGAGAAUUGUAUCAUCUACUGGAGCUUUAGCUUUAACUGAAAUCCCUAAAAAACUGGUUGUUAUUGGUGCUGGCUACAUAGGCCUCGAAAUGGGAUCUGUCUGGGGCCGCCUUGGCUCAGAGGUGACUGUUGUUGAAUUUGCAUCUGAUAUUGUUCCAACCAUGGAUGGUGAAGUUCGCAAGCAAUUCCAACGUUCUCUUGAGAAGCAAAAGAUGAAGUUCAUGCUUAAAACUAAGGUGGUGUCAGUUGACACUGUUGGCGAUAGUGUGAAGUUGACCCUUGAACCUGCCGCGGGUGGUGAGCAGACUACUCUUGAGGCUGAUGUUGUUCUUGUUUCUGCUGGUAGGGUUCCCUUCACUUCAGGACUUGGACUGGACAAGAUAGGUGUUGAAACUGACAAGGCUGGUAGGAUCUUGGUCAAUGAACGUUUUGCCAGUAAUGUCCCAGGGGUAUAUGCAAUUGGUGAUGUCAUUCCGGGGCCAAUGCUUGCUCACAAGGCAGAGGAGGAUGGUGUUGCUUGUGUGGAAUUUAUUGCAGGCAAGGAAGGUCAUGUGGACUACGAUUUGGUUCCUGGUGUUUGCUACACUCACCCAGAGGUGGCUUCCGUUGGGAAAACUGAAGAACAGGUUAAGGCCCUUGGAGUUGAUUAUCGCGUAGGCAAAUUUCCAUUCCUUGCAAACAGUAGGGCCAAGGCAAUUGACGAUGCUGAAGGUAUUGUAAAGGUAAUUGCUGAGAAGGGAACCGACAAAAUCUUGGGCGUCCAUAUUAUGUCAUCCAAUGCAGGUGAGCUUAUUCACGAAGCAGUCCUGGCUUUGAAUUAUGGAGCAUCGAGUGAAGACAUUGCUCGUACAUGCCACGCACAUCCUACAAUGAGCGAGGCUCUGAAAGAAGCUGCCAUGGCCACUUAUGACAAGCCCAUUCACAUGUAGAGGUAGCGUCAGUCAUAUCAUUGUUUUUUAUUUUCCUUCGAGUAUCUCAAAUACUUGAAGCAGAUUUUCUAAUUGCCAUAUCAAGUAUAUCUGGAACACAAGUUUCUUCCCCCUCUCCUCUCUUAAUUGGGUACACUCAAAACCACCUCAAAGUUCAUGUUUCUCUUCUGCAUAUUCAUUACUGUAAUAAAGAUACAAGUUGCAUGUCGAGUUUAAAUGCCAUCAAUGGUGAGUUUCAUUGA